AUGAUGAUGAAAAAGAUUAAUUAAUUUCAUUAAUAUCAAUAUAAAUUUAAGGUUUAAUUGACACUUCUAAAUCAAAUAACUAUGAGAUUCUAAUAGUAUAACAUUCAAAUGCCUUAUAUGUUGUAAAUUAAUAAGUUAUCCAAGUUCUGACAUGAUAAGCUACUAUAAAAGGUCCAUACCCUAAACAAUAAUUGAUGCAAUAAUAUACAUGUGUUUACUUUAUAAGAUUAAGAAAUAGAUGUUCGCUCAAAUUGUUAUCUAAAGCCACUGCCUGAGGCUUAUGUAAUACCAGAAUAACCCAAAAACAACCAACUAUUUGGUUAUUAAGUCAAAACACCGCUGUUGUAAGUAUUUGUGUGAUGUAUAAUCUAGGUAUCAUAAAAGGCUUCUUCAACUCCUAAAAUAACUUAAUAACCAAGCGAUUUUAAGUUUAAAUUAUUUGUAAGAUCAACAGAUACUUAAGUGCUUGUUAUAGAGGUAAUCUAUUUAUUUAUUUAUUUGAAAAUUACAGAUAAUUAGAAAUCGAUACCACCUUAUACUCCAAAACUUAUAAUUGAAAUUAUGCCUUUAUUUGCAUUUGGAAUUUAGUGAUUAAAUGUUUAAUCAUCUGGAAGUAAAUUAUUAAAACUAUUAAUCACCUGUAUUCUAUCAUCAUCUAUUGCAUACCAAUAAUAUUUA